GACAAGUUUGAAUCACGCGCGAUGUUGCAAACCGUGAGAAAUGAACGAGUUCAGACGGUGUCGGGCUAGGUCGGUGUUCGUCGGUAGUUUGUCGGCUCUUCGUCGGUCACAACCCGUCACACUAACAAGGCACAAGGGGGAAUGUGUAUAAAGAAGCCGUGUUGUUUAUUUUCAAUUAUUGUAUUUAAAACGUUCCCUGAAGUUGAAAAUAAUGUAUCGUCUGUUGAAACUCAGAAAAUUGUCUUCUUGUAAUUCUCAAGUUGUGUCGUUUCCUGUUAAUAGUAAUUUCCUAACUCGAACAUGUGCGUUUUGUAACCACAAUUUCGUUCUAAGGGCACCAAGAGAUGGUACGAUUUCGCUUGUGCAGUCGUCGAGAAUGCAAUCUACUAAUACAAAGACUGUAAUGCAUGCACUUUCGAAGAAAAAGAAAAGGAAACCCAGAAAGAAAUAUGCCGAGCUCCUAGAAGUUACCGAAGAUGCAUCUAGUCAGACGAAAGCAUCGGUCAGCAAAUUAUCAUCCAAACAUUUAUCUUUGUUAGCGGAACAACCAGACAUCGAUUUAAACGAAUUGUUCCAACUGAAAAAACUGAAAAUUCAUUCCAAUGACAAAUUAGAAUCAAAAUCAAAACAACAGCAAGGUGCAGUGUUGUUCAUUCCUCCAGAUAUGGAUGCAGAUCGUGUUAGUGCCAUUGUAUUAACUAGUGCCAUUCCAGCAUCUUGCCUUCAGGGAAAUUCACAAGAAGAAAGCAGUAGCAAUAAGUCAUUUAAAAACAAUCUACAUGAAAAUGCCUGUGAUAGAAUGUCUCAAUCAGUUGUCUCUUGUAGUAGUGUGGAGUCAUUAAAUAAUAUUCACCCAGUAAAACACCACUUUAUUCCUUCACCUGAUGACAUGACAAGGGAUAUUGGUGUUUCUAUUGAUGAUCCAGUACUUCGUUCAAAGUUACUGGAAGACUUAAAUAAUUCUCCUGAUCAAGUUCUUUUACUAAAAGGAAAUGUUUUAGAAGACCAAUAUGAGUUUCAGCCUGAUGUUGCUGAGGCUGAUGUGGAACAUGUAGAUGUUCCAAUAGAAUCAAAAAAAAGGAAAUGUGGUAAUCGGGUCAAAAAAAGUAAAGAUGCUGUAGUGAAGGACCUUGCUGCAAAAUUGAAACGAAAAGAAUUGGAAUUAAAGGGUCGAUCUGAAAGUUUGACUCGUGGAGUAGCAGCUUACAUAGAUAUUUGUGUAAGUUGUGGAUUUUUGAAUCGAGCAUUGUGUACCCUCCACUUCUAUAGAUCUCGAAGGCGGAAUAUGUCAAAUCUGCCCAAAUUUAUUGAUGCUAGGCCCUAUAACACUCUCCUCCAAGGGUUCUCAGGAAAGGGAAACUUAAAUAAAGUGAAGGAUAUUCUUAGGAUGAUGGAAGAAGACAAGAUAAACUGGACUCUCCAAACAUAUGCAUCUGCAUUUGAGUGUGUAGGACGUCUUCAGAAAUCAGUUACUCACAAAUCGUUGCUUCAGAACUGGCUAGAGAGUAUGAAGAACGCAGGCUGGUCUCCAAACGACUUGAUGUCUAAGACUUUAUUUGUGGCAGAUCAACGUGAAGUUGUUCUGAAUGCAAUUCAAUUUGUUUUGCCUUGUUUUGAGCCUGAAUACACUCCUCCAGAUACAUGUUAUUCUUGUGAAUUGCUUCGCGAAUUGAAUAACCCUGUAAAGAAACAGCCAUACAAAAGUCCUUCUGAAAGCGUAAUGAGUCGGGAAGACUUAUUGGCUGCAGCCAGAGAACAAUUGGCAUUAGAAAACUGUGAUCAUAUUAAAGUAAAAAGUAUUGAGAAGCGAGAAGAUUGUGCUGAAACUGUAAAAUACUACCGUGAUAAACUCUCAGAAUCUGAAGUUGUUUGGCGAGAGGUUUUGACACAUGCCCUAAGGAGGGAAAUGGAGGUGUUGCGGGCCCAACACAGAUCUUUCCAAAGUCAAUCUCAACUUAAUUUGUAUCCUUUCCUGCGAAUAUUGGAUCCGAAAAUAUAUGUUGAUCUUCUAAUGAAGGAAAUUCGUCGAUUGGCGGAAGGUUCAGAGACAUUCAGUCCAACAACGAAUCAGCUGUAUCGCAAUCUUGGAUCUCAAAUUAUGUCAAGGUAUGAAAUUGAGUACAAGCGAAGUAUGGGAGUCCUAGGUCAAAUUGAGAAUGUUUAUGAGAAAUAUUGUGAUUGGUAUGCUAAUCCUACGGGACCUGCAUGCAAUCCACGAGAACAAUGGCAAAUGCUUGUUCAUGAAAAUUCCACAGGUCCGAGUAUGGACAUUGAGAAGAAACAAUGGCCAAAUACAGUACUCAUUGGAGUUGGUAAAUUUCUGUAUGGUUUACUUCUUCGAGAUGUUAAAAUUGAUGUUAACAUAAUGAAGCCUAACUCUGAAAAUAAUGCAUGUCUAGAAGACCUGGUGUUUGAUGUCAAUCUUGUUCCUAUGCUAUCACCACCAGUUCCUUGGACGUAUGCUUCAAGUGGAAGUGGUGGUUAUCUUAUGGCCCAUGCAGAUUUGGUGCGUCUCCCAUAUCUUGCAUUUCAGCAGAAAAUGGAAAUGGAGAAAUGUAAACCAAAUGAUCUGUACCCAUCUCUGGAUGCUCUGAACCAAUUAGGAUCAGUGCCAUGGGAAGUAAACAAUCCUGUGCUGGAUGUGGUAAUCGAAGUAUUCAACCGAGGAGGUUCUACACGUUUGGACAUCCCCCAGCCUCCGACUGCUUGUCCUCAGCCAACACCCUUGACAUCUCAAAUGACACGUGAAGAGAGAGUGAAAGCUUUCCAAGAAAGAAUCAUAUUGCGCCGUCGUCGGGCUGAAAUGUAUAGUCUGUGGUGUGAUUCUCUGUACCGUCUGUCACUUGCUAACCACUUUAGGAAGCGUGUGUUCUGGCUCCCUCAUAACAUGGACUUCCGUGGAAGAGUGUAUCCAUGUCCCCCUCACUUGAACCACCUGGGCUCGGACAUGGCUCGUUCGUUGCUGCAGUUUGCGCAGGGGCAACCCUUAGGCCCUAAGGGGUUGGACUGGCUCAUGAUCCACUUGAUCAACCUCACAGGCCUCAUGAAGCGUGAACCCCUUGAGCAACGAUUGGCCUUCGCCAAGAGCAUUCUGCCAAAGAUUUUGGAUUCUGCUGAUAAUCCUCUGACUUGUCAGCUAAUUAUUGUGGCUUCCAAUUCUCUGGCUGGCAUCUCGUUGGCGGAAGGCAUGACUGCUACUGCAGCGGCUGGUUCUCUGUACAUCAAGGAUGCUGGUGGUGUCGUUCUCAAGAGACUGACCGUCCUGAGUGGUGAUCCUGAGACAUACUUGAGUAAAUUCCCUGUGCAUCAAGAUGGGUCGUGCAAUGGGCUGCAGCAUUACGCAGCCUUGGGUAGGGACUCAGCUGGCGCAGAGAGUGUGAAUCUGGCACCAGCUGUCUGCCCUCAAGAUGUUUAUAGUUGUGUUGCUGCUUUGGUUGAAAGAGAACGUUCAAAAGAUGCAGCUUCUGGUGUUAAAAUAGCUCAAAUCCUUGAUGGUUUUGUUCGACGCAAAGUGAUUAAACAAACUGUAAUGACCACUGUGUAUGGAGUGACGAGGUAUGGAGCUAGACUUCAGAUAGCACGACAACUAAAAGAUAUAGAAGAUUUUCCUAAAGAAUAUGUGUGGCAUGGUUCAUCUUAUUUGGUUGUCAAGACAUUUGAUAGUUUACGAGAAAUGUUCACUUCAACUAAAGAAAUUCAGGAUUGGUUUACAGAAUGUGCUCGCUACAUAGCACAGAUUCGUGGUGAAAAUGUGGAAUGGAUAACUCCUUUGGGAUUACCAGUGGUUCAGCCAUAUGUUCGUUUUAUCCGACGACCAGAUUAUCAAAACAAGUCUCAGAAAUUAAAUGAACAUUUUACCAUGGAUAUGUUUGAAAAGCCAAAUGUAAUGAAACAGAAGAAUGCUUUUCCUCCAAAUUUCAUCCAUUCUCUGGAUUCAAGCCAUAUGAUGCUUACUUCUCUUUUUUGUGAAAGAGCGGGUAUUACGUUUGUUUCAGUGCAUGACUGCUACUGGACUCAUCCUUCUACAGUUGAUGUAAUGAACAAGAUAUGCAGAGAGCAAUUUGUUGCUUUGCAUUCUCAGCCUAUUUUGAAAGACUUAUCCAAAUUUCUGUAUGAAAAAUUUGGAUAUUCAGGAAGUGUCGAAAAUGCUCCACCUGGUUGGCAGGAACUCAACACACUUCUCAAACAGCUACCCUCAACUGGAGAUUUUGAUUUGGAAAAUGUUUUAAAAUCUAUUUAUUUCUUUAGUUGAAAAUCUGAUAAUUCUGAAUGCACUUCUUGCCUUUUUAUUUGUUGCACUUGAAGAGCCACUUUGCAUUAGUUCAUUUUAUUUAACGACUUUGAUGCAAGAAAAAAUUAUUUUCAAGAAUUUUCUUUUGUGUUAUUUGAUAUUCGUUUAGUGAUCUUUUUAAUACAUGAAGAAAUAUGUGAUGUGAAAUAACUGAUGACUCAGUGAUGCAAUAUGACUUGCUUACCGUGAAGUAAAGAUGAAAACUUCCAAGUUUUCGGAUGUAGAUAUUUUUAGAGAACGUAGAAAAGAAAUAAUAGACUACCCCUCAGGAAAGUCUGUAGUAGUGAUUUCUGUUGAUUCAAUUAUGUAGUACUUAUAGAUGCACAUUAUCACCAAGCAAUAAAUAUGGAGUUUUUGUUUUGUUAUUUAAGUAGCAACCAAAGAAUUUAUAGUUGUAAUGUUUUUUUAAUAUAGUACAUUUACUUGAUACAUCAGGAAUUGUUUGUUGCCUCAUAAUUCUCACAUAUCAAAUAAUUAUUUUGUGGGCAUCUUGAAUUAAUCAAAGUAAUAUUGUAGUAAGUAGUAGCUAAGUUUGAUAAAAAAGCUGCACAGAACGAUAACCAGGUUGGGAUGGCAGUGUUACAACACUCGUGAAAUUAGGAGAGGGCGUUAUUGCUGUGAAUUUUGAAUUCGCCGCCAUUGAACAGUGAUUUUCGGGAACUGCGCAGCCAACAUAAACAGUACUCGCGCGGGAAGCGUGUAUUUGAGAAAAGCUUAUAGACUUGUGAAUUACGAUGUGCUUUUCUCUCCAUGUAAUAUCAUCAGUGAUUGCGGGAUGUCCGUUUCGUAAUUAUGAAACUGCCGAUGAAUGGAAUGUAGAGUUACGUGUGUUGGCUACCUUUGCAAAACUAUGUCGCCAUUGGUAGUCAUUUGUUCCUGAGUUUGCCGCUCUGACGGUAAUAGCAUUUUGCAGCGAUAGGGUAGUCGCCGGAGCUGCAAUACUUUGUUGUUGAAGAUUGAGAUUUUAAUAGUUUGCGGCGCAUUUGUGAGGAACGAUGGUCAAACGAAAGAGCCAGGUUCUAAUAGAGUCGGAAAGCGGCGAAAGUGAUGGUAGUGAUUCGGAUUUGGAGUCGGUAAGUAGGAAUAUUAUUGAUUUAUCAUGCUCGUCUCUUUAACCUCUAUUUUGUAAUUCUCUCAUCAUGCACUUAAAAUGGUUCGUGAUUUCCAAAUAUUGAACCGUUGCCAGAGGGAGUUUGUAGAGUGCAGAACUUAAAAUCGAUAUUGGAAUUGGAAGAAAGUUGUGUGUGAACUUUCUUGUGGAUCAGUGACAUUCCUGAUGAGUUAAGUAAGGAAUAUCACUAGGAAAUUUGGAACAAUGGAAGUCAUUUAAUUCCCCUUUUUGUGCGUGUUUUCUCGUUAAUAAAUCCAUUGUAUUAAUGUUUUUUUAUUGAACUAGCAUUGAAUAUUAUAAUCAUAAAUAUUAAUAUUGUCUAAUAAAUUCAUUAAUUUCUUUUCACAAGGAAUUUAAAUUCAUGGUUUGGGUUAACAACAUUGGUUAAUACAAGAAAGUGUUUAAUUCUAUCUGCAGGAAUUGUUAACAUUAUCCAAAAAGAAGAAAACAAAACAGCAAGAUGAGGUCACAAGUGAGAACAGCACCUCCAACCAGACAACUACAGCUGCAAAUCCACCAGCAAAAAAACCUGAAAACACUUUCACAGACUCUGAUACAUCAGAUUCAGAUGAUGAUUGGGAUGCUAGGGGUAAUAACAAGAAAAAGAAAAAAACAAAACCUGCAAAAAGAACAGGAAAAAGGACAGUUACUAAAUCUUCAUCAGGUAGCGAUGAUGAUGAUGAAGAUGAUAAAGAGAAAGAAUCUGAGCCAGAAGAAGGUGAAGUGUCUGAUUCAGAAGGAAGUGAUUCAGACAGUUCAGACCUUAGUCAAGAAGAAUUCAAUGAUGGUUAUGAUGAUAACUUAAUGGGCGAUGAGGAAGAUCAAGCUCGGCUUGCACAAAUGACUGAGAAGGAAAGAGAACAGGAAAUUUUCAAACGCAUAGAACAGAGAGAAGUGAUGAAGACAAGGUUUGAAAUUGAAAAGAAAUUACGUUUGGCUAAGAAACAAGAAAUGAAAAAGAAGAGAGACCAGGAAAAGAAGAAAGAAGAAAAAAUGGAUGCUAAAGAAAGGAGUAAGGAACGUAAAAAGACUGUUGAAGAAAUUAGAGGAAGAAUAGACAAAAAAGCCCAUGCAAUGAAUCUUCUUAAAGCACGUCGAGAAGAAAAGAAAGAGAGAGAGGAAAAGGAGAAACAGCAACGUAUAGAGCAAGAGAAGCGCCGUGAAGAAGAAAAGGAAGGAGCUCCAGAACCAGAGGAAGAGGAGGCAGAGCAACCAGAAGAGAAGAACAGUAGUUCAAAGACAAAGCUAAAGGCUUCGGAUAUCUACUCAGAUGAUAGUGGAUCAGAUAGUGAAAAGUCGGAGAAAGAAGAACCUCAGCGAAGGAAGAGUAGAAGCAGUAGUUCUUCUUCUCAUAGCAGCAGUGACUCUGAUUCAGAUAAAAGAUCUGUGUCUGGUUCUCGGGCCAAGAAGAAAGUAGUUUUUGUUACAAAGAAGGAAGAACUGAAUAAGAUUCGUCUCUCCAGACACAAAAUGGAAAGGUUUGUCCAUCUUCCAUUUUUCGAGAGAGUUGUGACUGGCUGCUUUGUUCGAAUAGGUAUUGGGAACAAUAAUGGAAAACCUGUUUAUAGAGUAUGCGAGGUUGCUGGAGUGUGUGAAACUGGGAAGAUAUAUCAGUUAGGAAGUACAAGAACGAAUAAAGGACUCCGUUUAAGACAUGGUGCACAUGAAAGAGUUUUUCGAUUGGAAUUUAUCAGCAACCAAGAGUUUACAGAUAGCGAGUUCCUAAAAUGGAGGGAAACAUGUGCGUUGCAAGGAAUUUCAAUGCCAACAAUGGAGGAAUUGGAUAACAAACUCAAGGAAAUAAAAGAGGCAAUGAUUUACGAGUUCAAAGAAGAAGAUGUGGAGAAAAUAGUUCGAGAAAAAGAGAGAUUCAAGACAACUCCCUACAACUAUGCUAUGAAAAAGACUCAGCUGAUGUAUCAGAGGGACAUGGCAGUAUCAAAAGGUGAUGAUGCAGAAGCUUCUCGAAUCAGUCAAAAGCUUCAAGAGUUGGAGGAAAGGGCUGAAGAACUUGACAAGAUGCGAACAUCAACAAUAUCUUCCAUUAGUUACAUAAAUGACAGGAAUAGAAAAAAGAAUGUGGAAGAAGCUGAAAAAGCAAUUAUGGAAGAAGUUCGUGCAAACAAAGGUAAGAAAAUUGAUGAUCCAUUUACCCGAAGAAGUACAAAGCCUCGCAUGGUGUUCAAAACUCAUGGAGAUGAUAGUACAGAUGCGACUCCUAAUGCUCCGGCAGAGAAUGUGAUUGAACAAGAAGUGCAACAGUCAGCUGAACCAGCCACUGCAACAACUAUUAAAGACAAGGACAAAGAUGUAGACAAAAAAAAGGAUGUGUCUAGACCACCAGGCAAAACUGAUGACCUUUUCUCAGCCCAUGAUUUUGAUAUCAAGAUUGAUUUGGAAGUUCCCUUACCAAAUAAUCCAGUUAGUGUGACACCGAAACCUGUGUCCAUGGUGAAGGAUACAGGACCAAGACGGUCACUAAACUUGGAAGACUACAAGAAGAAAAGGGGCCUCAUUUGAAGCACAUGGACAGUGUUGUGUGUAAUAUUAAGAACUUGUGAAAUGUGGUAAAUUUGUUUUACCUCUGCAUAUGUCAGGUAAAUGAUGGAAUGGAGUGACCAUUCUACCAAGCCUGCUGUGGGACCCAUGAGCAUCUGGUGUUACAGUAGAAAGUUGGCUUUUAAGAGUCAAUGCUGUGAAUAUUCGGAUUGAAGUUUUGUGUCAUAAAUUCUUGUGGGUUUCAACAGGCAGUUAAAUUCCUGAUUACUCUUAUUAUCAGGUCAAAUGAGAUAAUCGAAACAACAAUAUUUAGUCGAUAACAUUGUGGCUUCCCGUCGUUGAAACGGGCACUAAUUGAGUAUUUCUUAUGCAAUAAAGCACGUGCCUAUAUUUUCUGUUUUGAUGUGUUUAUUAAUGACAAUCUUCUUUUAUUUUUUAUAAUACAUUGAAUUUUAUUGUAUUGAGUAUGUGACAGUGUUGUUGCUAAUGUGCAAAUCUUGAAUGAGCUCAUAUUAUUAUUGUCUCCACUUCUUUAUGUGUUGGGUAUUAGAAAAAAUGUAAAAAACAAAUCUUGUAAAACACAGAAUCGAUAAAGUUGCUUUAUUUUUAUAUAAUUUGCUUCAUUCCUCCAAACUAUCUGCCUACAUAAAAAAAAGAUCAAAAAUACAAAAAAUGUUCACUUAGAAAAAGUAACUACUGUGUUAUCAGUAUCAAUCUUUCUUGUAAAAGAUUUUGUUUGCUUUCUUAAUUUUCUGGUAGAAACUUGGAUUGUGUGGGUCUAAAGAGCAAGUGUUUGUAUGGUGUGGAUGCAAAUUAAUUGUGAAAAAUUUACAGAUUCUUGUCUCAUUUUGUGUACAUGUAUCUAGGAUGGAGUGAAUAUACUCAGGUAUACAUAUUUUAUGCUGAUUUCAGCAUUCUUGGGUACUUGAAUUGGGUUUUUUCUCAGUACUCUGAAAUCUGUAUAUAUUGAAUUGAAAAUGUGCGACAUAAAACCCAUUUCUAACUGUUCAAUUUAUACCUUACUAAAUUUCUCUUGUACUAGUUUAAGUGCUUCCUAUUCGCUGACAUUGUUGGAAGUAGUAGUAAGUACAGAAGUAAAUAUUUAAAAGUUAAAAAAAAAUAAAUAAAAAUAAUUUUUUUCUUCCAUCCUGGUACGUGUGAAUUUCACUUUUUCAUUAAGAACUGAAAGCUUUAAGCAUUUAUUCUUAUUGAAGAGUCAAUGAAUUUCUUUUGACAUGCUGCUUUUUUUAAAUAUUGAAAUUGCAUAUGUAAGUGGUCAAAUCUAUGAAAGAGUAAAAAUAAUUUAUUCUUCAAUUGUUGUUCAAAGUACUUUAUUAUUUCAAUAACUGGAGAGUUUUACCAUUAUCCAAUGUAUACCUCGAGUCUUGAAUUUUUUUGGAGGGAGAGUUCAUAAAGUUUUUAAACUAAGAGAUUACUGAUAUUAUAUUCCUCAGAAGAUGUAUUUCUUAAGGAUUAGGCAAUUUUCUUCAUUGAUUUACUGUAUUGUAGUUCAUAGAGCUAAGUAUGAAAUAACUGAAGUGUUUGGUAAAGAUCAUGACCAUCAGGCAUUUCAUUAAUAAAAUGCAGUGAAAUUAUGGAAGAAAUUUGGAAGUUAAAUAUGUAUUAUGCAUACAAUAUAUUUUGUGCAUGUGCAAUUAAAAAUGUAUCCUUAAAUACUUACUGCUGGGGUAUAAUUUUGACAGUUGCAGUUAUGUAAAUGUGUUUUGUCUGCAAGAGAACUAUCCAACAUUCUGCAUCCAGAGAAAUAUUUGUGAUUUGCAAUGUUAAUAAAUUAUUUUCUUUAUUUAAUCAUGUCAAGUUGUAUUUUUUUAUUUUUGUUUUUUCCAGAGAACUCUACAGAAUACUAUUACCUUUUUUUUAAGGCAUAACUAUUUGUUUCUAAUGUUAUAGAUUUCAGUUGUGUACCAUUCUCUUCAAAAGCUAUUUGGAAGAGAAAUUUUGUUUGUGGUGUUGGCAUAAUUUUGACCAGCAUGGAAAAAUAUGCACUUAUAAUUUAGUGUGUACUGAAGUAAUACGUUGACACGAGACCUAUUAUUAGACUGAAGCAGUAUUGUGUUCAGAUGUAGAUGAUACUUGGCAAAACAUAAGCCACCCUAUGUAUUUUAUUCACUUAGAGUAAGUUUGUAACUAUACAUACUAUUAUCAGGUAUAGAUUAAUGCAAAACAAUGUUUAGGUCCUAAAAUGUGUUUGUAUAGCUAAUUGUAAAUAUUGUAUUUGAAAUCCUUUUGAAAGAGAUCGAGUCUGUACCAAUAUAAAUGUGAGAGGUUUUCUGAACCAUAAAUGUAAGCAACAGUGUGUACUAACUUAUUAAAAUUUAUUUUAUAUCCUGAAGAUUUCAUAUCCUUGAUAUUUUUGUUCAGCUAAGCAAUUUUUGUUGUAGAUGUUUGCAAUAUAUGUGGUUUUAAAUUUAACAUUGUGAAGGGUUGUUUAUUUUAAAGGGUGAAGAAUUAGGUAGUGUCAAUUUUUGCAGAUAAAAAUAUAGAAACCUACCCAACUAUCAUUAAAUGGGGUACAGAUUGCGG